CCUCACUAUGUUUAUUCUCUCAGUGAAGAUUCACUGCUAUGUCAUCGAUUGCUUGCAUUUAUUUUUGUAUUUUAUCACCUUAUUGAUAAAUCACUGGCAAGGUAUCUGUAAUAGUAUAAAAUACGAUAUUUAAUCAUUUGAAUUGACGGAUCAGUGUAACUUUGGACGUGAUGUCGCUUAAGCGCAAACUAUCGUUUAGAACGAAACGCCAUUUGGAGUGCAGCAACUAUACAGAAGUGUUAAAUUUUAUUGAGAAAGAUAAAGAAGUAGAACUUGCGUUGCCCUUAGUCAGUGAUCCAAGAGACAGUUCGAACGCUCCGGAAAAUGUCGAAACUGCGCCGUCUGGCGAACAAUCGACCGGUACAGUUUCGCAAGUUGCCGAAAACUCUACCGAGGGUGUCGAGAGUGCCGAGAGCAGUUCGGCUGAAAACAGCUCGAUAAGUGAAUCGCGAGAUAGCACACAGAGCGACUUACGUGACCUUCGGCGGCAGUAUAGACCGUCGUUCCCCAUCCCGGAAGGUUUGGUAAUGGACCCGCUGGCGCCCACGGCGCUUGCGGUCUCCAACGAGCUUAUGGGCCGCAUUGGAAGCGGUCUCUCCCUUCUCAGGGACCAUGGGAAGAAAGUUCAGAAGUAUGUUAUGAAAAACAGAAGACUGGAUAUACUGACAAAGAAAUCAUGGAAGUACGUUGUAAACGUUGUACUCGUAGAAGCCAAGGACCUGCCCGAUGGACCGACGAACGGCUCUAAUGGGCUUUACUGCAAAUUCAAAUUAGGCGCUGAAACCCACAAAUCUAAGCAAGUGAGCAAAUCAAAGCCUAUGUGGUGUGAACGUUUCAACUUAUAUCUCUAUGAAGAUAAUAACUUAGAAAUCACAGUGUGGCACAAAGGGAAACAGAAGAACUUCAUGGGCCGGUGUGUCAUCAACCUCUCCCGCCUUGAGAGGGAGAAGACUCAAGAUCUUUGGCUUGAUUUGGAAUGUGGCUAUGGCUGCUUACACCUGUUGCUGACCGUCAGCGGUUCUGCAAGGGGUGCCGUGACUGAUGGCAUCCCCACCACAAAUGGCAUCCAACCGAUUACGUUAGAAAAGGAGGAAUUUUCAUGGUACAAGCUAGACAACUGGAACGAGGUGGGCCAGCUACUCGUGACGGUACACGGCGCGCGUGGUCUUAGCGCGCUGGGUCUAGGUGGUGGGGCUGACGCCUACUGUGUCCUGGAGCUAGACAACUGCCGGGUGCAAACGCACACUGUGCCCGCCACCAACGAGCCUAACUGGAACAAGACCUACUUCUUCGGAGUCAAUGACAUCACAUCCACCCUAGACAUCACAGUAAUGGACGAGUCCAUAAUCAACUCUAUAAAGGGAGAGACCCUGGGCAAGCUCUCCAUACCCUUGCUAAGGAUCUCCAACGAUGAGAUGCGAUGGUACGCACUGAAAGACCGCUGCAAGAAGUCCAACGCGAAAGGAAACUGUCCCCGGAUACUGUUGCAAAUGUCUGUGGUUUGGAAUCCGAUAAAAGCUUCAGUGCGCGUGCUGAGUCCAAAGGAAACAAAAUACAUGCAAAAACCGCCUAAAUUCAACAUUCCUCUAAUUUAUAGCAAUCUCAAGUUUAUAAGAGAUGUCUUCAAUGCUGUGUACAUUGCCAACGAACAUUAUAAACGUGCAUUUGAAUGGGAGAACCGGGAGAUGUCAGUGAUAGCGCUAGUAGGCUGGCUGGUUUUCUGGUUUUUCUUCAGAAUAUGGAUGACCCCUCUGUUGGCAUUAGGGCCGUUCGUGUACUUCUGGGUCGGACAGAAAGGGAAUAGAAAUGCUUUGAUACUUUUGAAUCAAUCUGAAGAUGAACAAUCAGAUGAUGAAUUAGAAAACCACAAGGAUGAAAAGACAAUCAAAACACGGCUUUAUGGACUGCAAGACCUCACAUUCACAAUCAAAAAUGCAAUCGACUAUAUUGUGUCCUUAAUCGAGAGGUUGAAAAAUUUGGUGAAUUUCACGGUACCUUACCUAAGUUACCUUGCGAUGGCUGGCAUGAUGAUUGUGGCGUUCGCGCUCUACUUUAUUCCUUUCAAUUAUCUCAUUAUGGCUUUAGGCAUAUACAAAUUUACAAGAAAAGUCUUGAAUCCUGAUAGAGUUCCUAAUAAUGACGUACUGGACUUCCUUUCGCGAGUACCUGAUAAUGAAGUUUUGAAACAAUGGCGAGAGUUAAAGGUCCCUGAACCAAACCUGAGCAGAAUGAAUUCCAUCAGAAAGCAGACUGCAACAGACCCUGAAAAAGACUUUGACUGAAUAUAUUUAAGACCGAGCCAUUCCAAAUGCCUAUGGCGGCUCACGAAAUCUGACAGCAAUUGUUUAUGUUUUCAAGAAGAAGAAGAAGAAAAAUUGUUUAUUUAGUUCAAAAUCACAGUUGAUAAAAGUGCAACCAACCCUUGAUCAGGGUUUCUGAAAAAUUUACUUUCAGCGCCAAUUUGACACAACCAUAGAGUUUUCAGAGCGUUCGGAAUUGAUUGCCCGUAGGUGCCUAGAGCUACUAAACUCGCUCUACCUAGCAAGCAUUUAUAUGCUGU